CCCGGAAGCCCUUUGCUUUCUUUUGACGCAAAGGCUCUGGACGGAGCCACCGUGUCCGCCGAGCUCCGGGGCAUAAGGGAGCGACCCCAGACGGAACCUCUGGCGUCCCUCGGCCCCCGGAGCCUUCGGUCCCUCGCUUGCCGCCCGUCCUCGUCGCCAUGGAGUGUCCGCACCUCAGCUCCAGCGUCUGCAUCGCUCCGGACUCGGCUAAGUUCCCCAACGGCUCUCCGUCGUCCUGGUGCUGCAGCGUGUGCAGGUCCAACAAAAGCCCUUGGGUCUGUUUGACUUGUUCAAGUGUUCACUGUGGAAGGUAUGUGAAUGGUCAUGCAAAAAAACAUUACGAAGAUACACAAAUACCCUUAACCAACCAUAAGAAAUCUGAAAAGCAGGAGAAAGCUCGGCACACAGUGUGUAUGGAUUGCAGCAGCUACAGUACAUACUGUUACCGCUGUGAUGAUUUUGUGGUUAACGACACCAAGCUGGGUCUGGUACAGAAAGUGAGAGAGCACUUACAGAACUUGGAAAACUCAGCUUUCACAGCCGACAGACAUAGGAAAAGAAAACUUUUGGAAAACUCAUCAUUAAACAGCAAGUUAUUAAAAGUAAAUGGAAGCACCACAGCCAUUUGUGCAACUGGCCUUCGGAAUCUGGGCAACACAUGUUUCAUGAAUGCCAUCCUGCAGUCUCUCAGUAACAUUGAACAGUUUUGCUGUUAUUUCAAAGAACUGCCCGCUGUGGAGUUGAGGAACGGGAAGACAGCAGGAAGACGAACAUACCACACCAGGAGCCAGGGGGAUAGCAGUGUAUCAUUGGUAGAAGAGUUUAGAAAGACACUCUGUGCUUUAUGGCAAGGCAGCCAGACUGCAUUCAGUCCAGAGUCCUUGUUUUAUGUUAUUUGGAAGAUUAUGCCUAAUUUUAGGGGCUAUCAGCAGCAGGAUGCCCAUGAAUUCAUGCGCUACCUUUUGGACCACCUACAUUUGGAACUCCAGGGUGGUUUCAAUGGUGUUUCCCGUUCAGCAAUUCUACAGGAGAAUUCUACUCUAUCUGCAAGUAACAAGUGCUGCAUAAAUGGAGCAUCAACUGUUGUCACAGCUAUAUUUGGAGGCAUUCUCCAGAAUGAGGUCAACUGCCUCAUUUGUGGGACAGAGUCGAGGAAGUUUGACCCAUUCCUAGAUCUUUCAUUAGAUAUUCCAAGUCAGUUCAGAAGUAAGCGCUCUAAGAAUCAAGAUAACGGACCAGUUUGUUCAUUACGAGAUUGUCUUCGCAGUUUUACUGACCUGGAAGAACUUGAUGAGACAGAGUUAUAUAUGUGCCAUAAAUGCAAAAAGAAGCAGAAGUCCACAAAAAAGUUUUGGAUUCAAAAACUACCCAAGGUGCUGUGCUUGCAUUUGAAAAGAUUUCACUGGACAGCAUAUUUAAGAAACAAGGUGGAUACGUACGUAGAGUUUCCACUGAGAGGCCUAGACAUGAAGUGCUACUUACUAGAGCCCGAGAACAGUGGCCCGGAGAACUGUCUGUAUGACCUCGCUGCUGUGGUGGUGCAUCACGGCUCUGGAGUGGGUUCUGGACAUUACACAGCAUAUGCCACGCAUGAAGGCCGCUGGUUCCAUUUCAAUGACAGUACCGUAACACUGACUGAUGAAGAGACCGUUGUGAAGGCCAAGGCGUACAUCCUGUUUUACGUGGAGCGCCAGGCCAAGGCCGGAACAGAUAAACUUUAAUACCUCCUCCAGCCAUCCUUCAACUAUACCGGACAGACAUUUCCAGUUUUCCAUAAAUACUUGAUCCAAGAUUUAAUUUCAUUAUGCACUUUUCAAUUUCCUGUUUUGAGUUUAGUUUUGUCAAUGGUAGUGACUUACUGAACGUGGGCACCAACUAAUUUUUUGUUGUUGUUCUACCAGAAAACCUCAGCAGAUGUUCUGAUUUGCUGCUUUAGUUGUGAUAAUUUUUAUAUGUAGUAUCCAGAACUUAGUUCUGUGACUUUUAUUAGUGUCUCAGUUCUCACCUUGAGGCGCCGCUGCAUCAGUGCUUUUCUGCUCUCACGUGCUGAGAGCAGGUUCCCCAGUGGGAGGAGCGACUGCCUGCAACGCCACAGCCCGGAUCAUGAGCACAGGAUCUGUGGCCAGACUUCAGUGACUCUCAGAAAUCAUUCUUCCUGACCAAGAAGUAAUGGAGGCCCCACGGCAGACCAGGCCAUGGCUGUCGGUGUCUCCAUGCUGCUGUCUACCAGCACUAAAUAAAUCUGUUGGUUCAGUUGUAUCUGUA